AUGGAUCUACGAUCUACGCAGUAUCCUCUGCUUACUCUCUCCCACUGCGCUGUCAGCACCCCGGUGUUCAGGCCUGUGGGCACUCAGGGUACCCUGAAAGACAUCACUGUAGACCAGCUGCAGGAUCUGGACUGUCAGAUAUGCCUGGGAAACACGUAUCAUCUGGGCAUGAGGCCGGGUCCCGAGUUAAUAGAGAAAGCCAAUGGAUUACAUGGAUUUAUGAAGUGGAGUAGAAAUCUCUUAACAGUAAUUAUUAUUAUUUUCAAACUAUUCCCAAACACCAGAAGAACUAAAAUGACAAAGCGUGAUGUGCCGGGCUUCGCCAUUGGAGGCUUGAGUGGGGGAGAGGAAAAAGAUGAUUUCUGGAAGAUGGUGACUCUGAGCACAGACCACCUCCCCAGAGAAAAGCCCCGCUACCUCAUGGGAGUCGGCUAUGCACUAGACCUGGUGGUCUGCGGUGCCUUGGGCUGUGAUAUGUUUGACUGUGUUUUCACAACUCGAACAGCAGUAAGUGAUGGAUUUCUGUUAGCAUCCCUUUCUGUUAGAGCUCAGUCAUAUAUGCGACCAUUCAAAGGUUUGGAUCAGUAA